AUGGAAAAGCGCUGCAUUUCAUCCAAAUGUGAUGAGGCUGUUGACUAUUACUGCAAAUGCUCAGAAAAUUGUUUUUCAUGUGCUAGUCAUAAAGUUAUAAGCUCUAAUCAAAAUCACCAAUGAGUUCCAUUUAUAGCUGAAAUUGAUAAGUCUGAUAGGCAUAAUCUCAUUAAAGCAGUCCUUCAAAUAAAGUGUAGACUCAACACAUGGCAGAAGAAAGUUGAAUAUGAGAUUUUAAAAUCGAUAGAAGAAGCGACAAUAAUUCUUGAAACAGUCAUGAACAGCACUAAAAGACUGGAUUAUUUAUAUAAUUCUCUUAUUUCUGAAAUCAAUCGAAUUGAAAAACUUCCUACUUUAUAUGAUAUGUGCGGCUUAGAUAUAGCAUUAAGGGCAAGUUAUGAUGCUGCAAUAGAAAAAAUGAAAGCCCUAGAGAUAAAUUUCGAUAAAUGUUGUAAAAUCCCUGAAUAUUUGCCUAAUUUUGAUAGCCAAGCCUUUGAUGACCUUUAUAGUCAAGUUUAUUUUUUUUUUGAUAGAUCAGGCUAUCCAUUGAAUGGAACUUGCAGCUUUAUAUGUCCUGGUGGAGAAUAUUAUGAAGGAACCUGACAGUCACAUAAAAAGCACGGCAAGGGAAAAUUAGUCUCAAAAUUUGGGGUUACUUAUGAGGGAGAUUUUAAAAAUGAUAUGAAGCAUGGCUAUGGUAAUCUAUCAUCUGAAAAUGGAUAUACUUAUAAAGGAGAAUUUAAAAAUGAUAAAAUUGAAGGGAAAGGAGAGCUUAUUUUAGCUAAUGGAGAAGAAUAUUGAGGAUAUUUUAAGGAAAAUACAUACCACGGGUACGGUAAAUGGAAAAAUGCUAAUAAUGAUAGAUAUGAAGGAGGAUGGCAUUAUGGGAAAAGAAACGGAAAGGGCAAGAUGUGGUUUGGAUCAGGAGAAUUUUAUGAUGGAGAAUGAAACGAUAAUUUACAAAAUGGGUCUGGAACAUAUGAGUAUAUUGAUGGAGUGUUUGUAGGAAACUUCAAAGAUGGUAUGAAAGAAGGGCAAGGCAUUUAUACAUUAAAGAAUGGCUAUAGAUAUGAAGGAGAAUGAAUUCAAGAUAAACUGAAUGGCCCUGGAAAAUAUUUUAAAGAAAGUUAUAUUCUCUGCUAUCAAGGCAGCUUUAAAAAUGGAAAAUUUGAUGGAGAAGGCAGCUAUUUCUAUGAAAAUGGAGACAUAUAUGAAGGGGGAUGGAAGGAAGGGGAAAAAUCUGGGACCGGAAAAUUCAUACACAAGGCAACUGAUAAAAUUUAUGUAGGGGAAUGGCAAAAUGACCAGCCAAAUGGAAAAGGCACUCUUACUGUAAAGGGAAAAAAAUAUAUAGGGGAUUUUAAAAAUGGAGAAGUUCAUGGAGAAGGAAUCUACACUUACUCUAAUGGCGAUGCGUAUAAAGGAAUGUGGUUUGAGGGUAAAAAGCAUGGAAAAGGAGUUCUAACUUAUUCUGAUGGAAGCACUUAUGACGGCAACUGAGAAUAUGGCCAGAGAUCUGGAAAUGGAGUUUUUAUGCAAAAAUCAAUUGGAACUUAUAUUGGAGACUUCAAAUAUGACAAAUUCCAUGGUAAAGGAAAAAUGAUUUUUGAUCAAACAAACGAGGUCAUUGUUGGAGAAUGAAACUUUGGCGAUUUGAUGAGAGGAGAAAUUAAUUAUGCUAAUGGGGAUUCAUAUAAAGGAGAACUGCUUAAUAGCAAAAAACACGGUCGUGGAGGUUUUAAGCUGCUCAAUGGCGAAUAUUAUGAAGGAGAAUUUAAAAAUGACAUGUUUGAUGGAGAAGGGACUUAUCACUAUUUAAAUGGCUCAGUCUAUAAAGGGCAAUGAAAAGAUGGUCAAAGGCAUGGAGACGGAAAAAUCACUUAUGUAUCAGGCUCAGGCUAUGAAGGUAAGUGGCGUUAUAACAAAAAAGAAUCUAAUGACAUCUUAUCCUGCUUUAAUCCAUUUUAUUAA